AUGGCCAGCCACGUGGACCUGCUCACGGAGCUGCAGCUGCUGGAGAAGGUACCUACGCUGGAGCGCCUGCGCGCAGCCCAGAAGCGCCGGGCACAGCAGCUGAAGAAGUGGGCGCAGUAUGAACAGGACCUGCUUCAUCGGAAGCGCAAGCAUGAGCGAAAGCGCAGCACCGGUGGCCGUCGCAAGAAGGUGUCCUUUGAGGCCAGUGUGGCCCUGCUCGAGGCCUCACUGAGGAACGACGCCGAAGAAGUACGCUACUUCCUGAAGAACAAGGUCAGCCCUGAUUUGUGUAAUGAGGAUGGACUCACAGCCUUGCACCAGUGCUGCAUUGACAACUUUGAAGAAAUCGUGAAACUGUUGCUUUCCCAUGGUGCAAACGUGAACGCCAAGGACAAUGAGCUGUGGACACCCCUGCACGCUGCAGCCACCUGCGGCCACAUCAACCUGGUGAAGAUCCUCGUGCAGUAUGGGGCUGACUUGCUUGCUGUCAACUCCGAUGGGAACAUGCCAUAUGACCUCUGCGAGGAUGAGCCCACCCUGGAUGUCAUUGAGACCUGCAUGGCAUACCAAGGCAUCACCCAGGAGAAAAUCAAUGAGAUGCGGGCAGCCCCUGAGCAGAAGAUGAUAUCGGACAUCCACUGCAUGAUUGCAGCAGGCCAGGAUCUUGACUGGAUAGAUGCCCAAGGAGCCACACUGCUACACAUAGCUGGAGCCAAUGGAUACCUGCGGGCAGCUGAGCUCCUCCUGGACCAUGGAGUGCGUGUGGAUGUGAAGGACUGGGAUGGCUGGGAGCCUCUGCAUGCAGCAGCCUUCUGGGGACAGAUGCCAAUGGCAGAGCUGUUAGUGUCCCAUGGAGCUAGUCUCAGUGCCAGGACAUCCAUGGAUGAGAUGCCAAUAGACUUGUGUGAGGAGGAGGAGUUCAAGGUCCUGCUGUUAGAGCUUAAACACAAGCAUGACGUGAUCAUGAAGUCCCAGCUGAGGCACAAGUCAUCCCUGAGCCGGAGGACAUCCAGUGCAGGCAGCCGUGGGAAGGUGGUGCGUCGAGCCAGCCUGUCAGACAGAACCAACCUGUACCGGAAAGAGUAUGAGGGAGAGGCCAUCUUGUGGCAACAGCGGAGUGCAGCAGAGGACCAGCGUACCUCCACCUACAACGGAGACAUCAGGGAGACCAGGACUGACCAGGAGAACAAGGACCCGAACCCCAGGCUGGAGAAGCCAGUGUUGCUCUCAGAAUUCUCUACCAAGAUCUCUCGGGGAGAACUGGAUGGGCCUGUGGAGAAUGGCCUCCGGGCUCCUGUCAGCACCUACCAGUAUGCACUGGCCAAUGGGGACAUAUGGAAGAUGCAUGAGAUGCCUGACUACAGCAUGGCCUAUGGCAACCCCGGUGUGGCUGAGGUCCCCCCACCCUGGAGCGGCUUCAAGGAGCAGAGCCCCCAAACGCUCCUGGAGCUGAAGAGGCAGCGGGCUGCAGCCAAGCUGCUCAGCCAUCCUUUCUUAAGCACCCACCUGGGCAGCAGCGUGGCCAGGUCAGGGGAGAGCAGCAGCGAAGGCAAGGCCCCCUUGAUCGGAGGCAGAACUUCCCCCUACAGCAGCAACGGGACCUCGGUGUAUUACACAGUCACCAGCGGAGACCCCCCGCUCUUGAAGUUCAAGGCCCCCAUGGAGGAGAUGGAGGAGAAAGUCCAUGGCUGCUGCCGGAUCUCCUAG